AUAUAUUCCUUUUUUUAUACAUUAUGAUAUUAAAUUUGUAAAAUUAAUUUGUAAAAUGUCAGAGGAGCAAGAAAAUGAAACUGAUUUCGCGAGCUUAGUUCUCAAUCUACCCUUAUUCUCAUGUAUCAUAAGAGAACAACUCUGGCUUAAAAAAACUGUAGUAUCUAAAUCAUUUAUUAAAAAGGCAAUAGAAGAUCCUAAAUUAUUUAAGGAAUUUUCAGUUUUGAAGUCGAUUCGGGCUGAAGAUUCCAUUGUAGAAAACAAUGAGGAAAAUAUACCCGAAAUAAACCAUAAAUCGCAGAGAAAUUCAGAAUAUCAACUAAAAUUAUAUGAUGAUUUACACUGGAAUGUAGUUCCAGAUUACAAUUGGCCUAUCCAUCCGGGAGAUUACUCACCUCUCAGUCCCGAUGGAGAGUUUUUAGAAAGGCAUGGGAAGAUAGGCUUAGAUUUUUGGAACUGGAAUAGAGAGAAAUCGCCACUGGGUUAUGUUCCUCCGCUUUGUACUUGUAAGGUGACUCAAGACUGCGUUAAUCACCUCAGAAGAUGGACCAGGUCCAUGAAACUCGAUUUUGAUAAAAAAGUGUGUCGUAAUGAUGUUUGCAGAGGAUUAUUAUACAUCCCAUAUAGCCUCCUAGAAGUUCCUUUAAACAGAAUCGUAAGUAAUUGUAGUGAAUUUGCUCUAAAGGUUAAGGUUCCUGACUCUACAGAUUUAUACUCCGGGAACAUGAAGCAUACUCUAAUUUUGUGUACAUUCUCUAAAGAACACGAAAAGGAGUGUUUGGAUGCAAUUAACCGUAGUGAAAUCUCGUAUCCACUGGUCUACGACGUAAAGGCUGGGGAUUUUAUCCCUUUUUUUAAAAGGUACAAUGAAGAAACCAGAGAGUCGCCCCUAAUGACAGUGGAACCAAUAGAUUCUGACGUUUCAGACCCCGAGGAAAAUUACGGAAUUGGAGAGUUAUUUGCAAUAAGGAGACUGAAUGAUAAUAUACUGAUUGAAAAAUAUGAUCAGAUUUUAAAAGUGACUUCACCUGUUGAUGACCAGUUGUUGAGUACAUGGGAUAAAAUGGUCGAUGAGGCUAACAUAGAUAAGUCUAAGAAGGAACCUGGCUCUGAAAAUUUAUCUAAACCUCCAGACCAAGAAAAUUCCAGUAAUCUAAGCUCUGAAGGACCCACUAAUUUAACAGAAGAUAUGAGGGAAAAUGUAACGAAGGAUAUGAGGGAAAAUGUAACGAAGGAUAUGAGGGAAAAUGUAACGAAGGAUAUGAGGGAAAAUGUAACGAAGGAUGUAAGGGAAGAUUUGAGGAAGGAGUUGGAAGGUCAAGAUUAUGUAAUAUAUCAAAUGUUAGAGUCUUUUUCCACUAAUAGACGACCUCUUUCUUUCCUACUUAGAGAAACACCUCAAGAUGAGGAACGUGACCUCGAUGAUAAUCACGAACAUGAAGAUGAAACAAAUCCAAGUAAAAAAAGAAAAACAGAAUAAUUUGUUCACACGGACUUCUCUGUGUUAGAUUUAAAUACAAUGUAGAAUUUUUAAUUCAACCAUGUAAUUUUUAAUACAAU